UCGAGGUGAAGCCAGCAUGGGGUCUCUAGGACCAAGACCCUGUUCAUGACUCUGAGAGCCAUCGGCCUUUCAUCCAGGCCUGGGGUCCCUUACCAGUCUUUCAGGUGCCUCUCAGCAGAGCUAAACAGGCCCAGGCAGUGGCUGGGUGAACCACCUGUGGGUGCCUGGCUGGGCCAGUAGAGUCACCACAUUCCAGGCUCGUGGCUGGCGGGGAAGGAGACAACUGAGCUAAGGCAGACGGGUGCGGGUUCCUCCUCUGGGAGGCCAGAGGCCCCGAAGAUGGAAGAACAGGUGUUCAAGGGGGACCCAGACACCCCUCACUCCAUCUCCUUCUCCGGGAGCGGGUUCCUUUCCUACUACCAGGCUGGGGUCGUGGAUGCUCUACGAGAUCUGGCCCCAAGGAUGCUGGACACAGCCCAUCGCUUUGCGGGGACUUCAGCAGGCGCAGUGAUAGCCGCCUUAGUCACCUGUGGGAUUGAAAUGGAGGAGUACCUCAGGGUGCUGAAUAUGGGCCUGGCUGAGGUGAAGAAGUCAUUCCUGGGACCUCUGUCCCCAUCCUGCAAGAUGGUUCAGAUGAUGCGACAGUUUUUAUACAACGUGCUGCCCGAGGACUCCUACAAGUUCGCUACCGGGAAGCUGCAUGUAAGCCUCACCCGAGUCACAGAUGGAGAGAACGUGGUGGUUUCCGAGUACACGUCCAAGGAAGAACUCAUCGAGGCCCUGUAUUGCAGCUGCUUCGUUCCUGUCUACUGUGGCUUCAUCCCCCCAACAUACCGAGGUGAGAGGUAUAUUGAUGGAGGCUUCACAAGCAUGCAGCCCUGUGCAUUCUGGACAGACUCUAUCACCAUCUCCACCUUCAGCAGCCAGCAGGAUAUCUGUCCAAGAGAUUGCCCUGCCAUCUUCCACGACUUCCGAAUGUUCAACUUCUCCUUCCAGUUCUCCUUGGAGAACAUCACCCGCAUGACACACGCGCUGUUCCCCCCAGACCUGGUGAUCCUGCAGGGUUACUACUAUCGGGGAUAUGAUGAUGCGGUUUCAUACCUUCGGAGGCUGAAUGCUGCUUACCUUGACUCUCCCAGCAAGAGAGUGAUUUUCCCAAGGGUAGAAGUGUACUGCCAGAUAGAGGUCGCCCUUGGCCACAAGCCCCCAGCUCAGUGGGACCACCAUGAAGAUUCCUCUCAAUCCCAUGUACAGGGGUCUCCCAAAGAGGACAGAAAGGACAGCCAGUCCCCAGCUUCCCCACCAGUGCAGACACCUGAAUCCAAGGGCAGGAGGGUUGUGGAGUCACCACCGGGCUUGUCGUCUGAGCAGUCAUCGCCAUGGGCCCCGCCCCAGCCAGGCCCAGUAAUGAGUGCCGAGCUGGCCACUGGCCCCACUGACAUUUGCCCAAUAAAUCUUCAAACUGCAAACCUGAAGCAAGGAGUGAAGGAUGGUGGUCAACUGAACCUGGCCACUGACGACGACCCAGGCACAAACAGCGUGUUGCACGCCUCGAUCUCAUCUGCAGACACACACAGCUCAGAGGCUGGAUCCUCAACACCUGAAUCCCUUCACCAUUCGGGAUUGCUGCUCAGACACUCCCAGGCAGCCACAGCAUCCAGGACAGCCCCCAGACUUUUGCCCUCAAGUCCUUCAACACCAUCUGCCCUGCCACCUGUGGAGGAGCUGGGCCCAGAGCAGCCCACAGGGCCUGCAGCCUCUUCACAGCUGACAAACUCAGCAGCACCAGACACCAGGAAGCCAGCCCCUCACAAGCCUCUGGUGAACCAUCCUGCUGUAGAUUCAAACAGGGCAAACAAGAUGUUCAAGAAGAAACAGAAAACAAAUGCUACCAGAGAGUGUUUCCAGAGAAACCUUCGGUCCAAGAAGCCAGCUAGCAAACUACAGCCCACUCCUUGCCCACUCGACUUUCCUGUACUCUCCACUUCUAAGACAGUUUGGGUCACCUACAAGCCUCAUCCCAACCGGAUCCAAGAAUACAGCUGCCCUGAGGUAUGGAAUCCCUGUGGGUGUCUCCCAGCAGUGACCCUGCCUCCCCUGUCCCAGAUGAAUCUCCUGCCCACCAAAGUCUCCAUUUACAAUCACCAGGACUCCUUCUGA